GCGGCGAUGGCGGCUCCUCUGGAGUCCUCCGGGGAGGACCAACUGCGGAACUUUGUGCGAGUUUUGGAGAAGCGAGAUGGCACGGUGUUACGACUACAGCAGUACGGCUCCGGCGGCGUGGGUUGCGUUGUUUGGGACGCUGCCAUCGUCCUUUCUAAAUACCUGGAAACGCCCGAGUUUUCCGGCGAUGGGGCCCACGCGCUGAGCCGGCGGUCGGUGCUGGAGCUGGGCUCUGGCACCGGGGCCGUGGGGCUCAUGGCUGCUACCUUCGGGGCAGAUGUCAUAGUCACCGACCUAGAGGAAUUGCAAGACUUGCUGAAGAUGAAUAUUAAUAUGAACAAGCAUCUUGUCACUGGUUCUGUUCAAGCCAAGGUACUGAAAUGGGGGGAAGAAACAGAAGACUUUCCUUCUCCUCCAGACUACAUCCUGAUGGCCGACUGCAUAUACUAUGAAGAGUCUUUGGAGCCACUGUUGAAAACCCUAAAAGAUCUCAGUGGAUCUGAGACUUGUAUUAUAUGUUGUUAUGAACAACGAACAAUGGGAAAAAAUCCAGAAAUCGAGAAAAAAUAUUUUGAGGUGAGUAUUCUACUAGAUCUAUCUUUGUAGUGAUUACCCUUCAGAGAGGCUAUAUGUGACUUUGUGUUCAAGUGUAUUGUGGUAAUUUUGAGUAGGGAAAACAUUCUGCUUGUAUGAACCCAAGGAGAGGAUCCUUCAUAGCACACCAUUCUAAUAACCACCAACCUC